UAUUAACUAAAAAUUAGUGGGCCAAAUGCCCAGAUGCUAGGGUUACUUUUUUUUUUUUUUUUGGGGGAAAACUAAGAACAGUAAUUGAAAGUAAGGUUAUUGUGUAGUGCACACCAUUACCACCGCAGUCUACAUCAUAAGGUUGGUCCAAAUAAAAUAAGAUACACAUGCAUAAUUGGAGAAAGCUAAAAUUGAACUAAUUAGGCAGAAAAAACUACAGAAAAGUUAUUUUCCUAUAGGGUUACCAUCAUUGUAGGUUUUGGAAUAAGGCUUAUAAAAGCAAAAACAAAGGAACUGAUCAUUAUCAAAUCCACAGCGCCCACCACUGCUCUCACAAUUGUUGCAACUAUGUGCAGUCCAAUUCAAAAUGAAUCCCACUUCAGGAUUUCAGAAUAAUUUGUUCUCACAUUAGUGAAAUUACUGUAACUUGUAAGUAUCCCCCAAUAUUGGGGCAUUAACAAAAAGACUGGCCUGACUUCAAGAGUAGUUCAUGUUCUCCAAAGCUUCUAUAUGAAAAAACACAGAAGAAUGGUUGGAAGCAUUUCUAGCACAACUUACUGGAUAUGUAAGGAAAUCUGGGUGCUUAAGAUCAGGAAACACAACAAUACAGGGUAGGGUAGAGGAAAGGAAGCAAGUGAAAGGAGGAUUGGGAAAAAAAUUAAUUCCAUAGGUUUGUAUGACUUGCUUUUGUUGCCUUUAAGUUCAUCAUGUUUUCUUAUCAUAGUAGUUUGAAAUCAAGAAGAAAGACAAGACAAAACGAAAGUUGAAAGAAAAGCAAAGAUUUGUUAACCAUAUCAUUUUUCUUAGGCUAUUUGAGCUGGACUCAUAUUAUAUCAGAUGUGGAAUGGUGCCUAACAACUAGUAGUUGAAAUGUUUUUUGUGAGAACCUGAUAGAAACUGUAGAUUUCCAAAAAAAAAAAAGUGGAAAUCCUCUCAUCAGAUUUGGUCUAAAAUCAAAGAUUAAUAACAUAUCUUGAUCUAAAAUCAAAGAUUUGGUCUAAUGUGCACUAUAGGCUGCAGACAAGUUUAAUAAGCCUAAGCAGAAACCAGAAUGUGAACAAGUAACCAAAUAGGAACAAGUCAAUGGCUUUCCUAGCACAUUUAACCUAAUUUGACACGAAAUUUCUAUGAGAUGAAAACUCAAUCACUGGAAUAAACUAGGGUGUUCAAUUUCAUGUUAAGGAAAACCUUAGUCUCCAAAAUUAAGCCUCUAGUCUACCUUUUGGAAUUGGUCAAUUGGAAAGCCCCUAAUCAUACCUAAUGAAUAAUAAAUGAGUGCAUGAAAGAAAGUAGAACCUAGGUGGGGGGCUUUUUGGUAAAACAAUAUGACUGGAAAGACUUGAGAAAGACUUGUUGGUGGAACAGGAAGUGUGGAAAAAAAAAUUGAGGAGAGAUGUCUUUUGUCACUUCUUUCAAUGCAUUCUAAAACGAAACUGCGAUAUGUUGAAUAAUCGACCAUGAUAGGUUUUAGAUCAAAUUUGUAAAGAAAGAAUUGAAAUCUGC